UGUGGAGUGAAUGGAGCUGUAUCCGGGUUCAGAGUAAAUAUUCUGAGGGGAAUAAGAGCCCCCUUCCACGAGUUGAGCCUUCGUCAUUAUGGAGACUCUCAUCCCUGUGGUCAAUAAGCUACAAGAGAUUUUCAACACAGUGGGAGCCGAAAUCAUACAGCUGCCCCAAAUUGUGGUAGUUGGCUCUCAGAGUAGUGGGAAGAGCUCAGUGCUAGAGAGCAUUGUAGGCCGGGAUUUCUUGCCACGAGGCUCUGGAAUUGUCACACGGCGGCCCCUCAUCUUGCAGCUGGUCCAUGUGCCAACCCUGGAGGAGAGGAGGCGGAAAGCUAGUGGAGAAAGUGUUGCCCAGCCUGAGGAAUGGGCCACUUUCCUGCACUGCAAGCACAAGGUAGUUCCCAGUUUAAGAACAAGUUCCGUUCCCAAGACUUUUACUGACUUUGAUGAGAUUCGUCAAGAAAUUGAGAAUGAAACCGAGCGGAUGACUGGGACCAAUAAGGGAAUCAGUCCAGAGCCCCUGUAUUUGAAGAUUUAUUCGCCUCAUGUGCUUAACUUGACGUUGGUAGAUCUUCCAGGAAUCACUAAGGUGCCUAUUGGAGAUCAACCCCCUGAUAUUGAGAAUCAAGUCCGAGAUAUGAUCUUAUCCUACAUCUCCAACCCAAACUGCUUAAUCCUGGCUGUCACUGCUGCCAAUACUGACAUGGCCACCUCAGAGGCACUAAAACUAGCACGGGAUGUUGACCCCGAUGGGCGAAGGACACUGGCUGUGAUCACCAAGCUGGAUCUGAUGGAUGCUGGGACUGAUGCCAUGGACGUGCUGAUGGGCCGGGUUAUUCCUGUCAAGCUCGGCAUCAUUGGGGUGGUCAACAGGAGCCAACAUGAUAUCAACAGUAACAAGAGCAUCAGUGAGUCCCUGCAGGAUGAGCAAGGAUUCAUGCAGAAGAAAUACCCUUCGCUUGCCAAUCGCAAUGGCACGCGACAUUUGGCCAAGACUCUGAACAGGCUGCUGAUGCACCAUAUCCGUGACUGCUUGCCUGAACUAAAGACCCGGGUGAACGUGCUCACAGCUCAGUAUCAAUCAGUGCUGCAGAGCUAUGGGCAGCCCAUUGAGGACAAGAAUGCCACUUUGCUUCAGAUCAUCACUAAGUUUGCCACUGAGUAUUGCAACACCAUUGAGGGCACAGCACGCAAUAUUGAGACCUCCGAGCUGUGCGGUGGUGCCAGGAUGUGCUACAUUUUCCAUGAAACCUUUGGGCGCACUCUGGAGUCCAUUGAUCCGCUGGCUGGACUUACGAUGCUGGAUAUUUUGACAGCCAUUAGAAAUGCCACAGGUCCCCGCCCAGCCCUUUUUGUCCCCGAGGUCUCUUUUGAGCUGCUGGUGAAACGUCAGAUCAAGCGACUGGAGGAGCCGAGUCUUCGGUGCGUGGAGCUGGUGCAUGAGGAGCUGCAGCGCAUCAUCCAGCACUGCACCACCUAUAACACGCAGGAGUUGCUGCGUUUCCCCAAGUUGCAUGAGGCCAUUGUGGAGGUGGUGACAGGAGUCCUUCGCCGGAGGCUGCCCAUCACCAAUGAGAUGGUGCACAACCUGGUUGCCAUUGAGCUGGCCUAUAUUAAUACCAAGCACCCUGACUUCAUAGACACAGCACUGGUCUCUGCCUCAGUGAGCAAUUCUAAGAGUGAAACUGUUGCAGAUGGUACCUGGCGAUGGAAAAGUGAGAAAGCAGAAGAACCUGGCACUGAUGAUAGGCCUAAGGGAUCCUCCCAGACUUUGGUCUAUUCUAGCCCCAGCCGGUCCCACGCAGUCAAUCUGCUAGACACGCCCAUGCCAGCAACACGGAAGCUAAGCCAGCGUGAACAGCGAGACUGUGAAGUCAUCCGGAGGCUUAUCAAGUCCUACUUCCUCAUUGUGCGCAAAAGCAUCCAGGACAGUGUCCCCAAAACUGUGAUGCAUUUUCUUGUGAACUAUGUCAAGGACCAUCUUCAGAGUGAACUUGUGGGCCAGCUGUACAAGCCCCAGCUUCUAGACACACUCCUCACAGAGUCUGAGGACAUGGCUCAGCAGCGUAAUGAAGCAGCCAAUAUGCUCAAGGCAUUACAGAAAGCCAGCCAAACAAUAUCAGAGAUCCGAGAGACUCAGCUCUGGUGAGAUGUACUUAAAGCUUCAGAAGAUUCCAUGUUGCAAGAACAUUACUCAUUGAGACCCAUGCAAGUGUUCAGCUCUGACUCCCACCUGAAUCUUUACUUUCCCAGAUGGGGAAGAAAUUGUGUCCUGAGUGAUCAAGCUCUAGUUUAGCACAAGAGUGUGUCCCUAUUUGAAGUGUGUUGAAGUGUCCGUGGUGUACGGAUAGCAUUCUGGAGCCUGCAUAGGGUGGCUCUCCCCUGCUACCUCAUUGGUCUUCCAUGAUUUUCCAACCCUGCUAGAUUCAUCAGUAUUAAAUUCCUGCUUUGUUCAGAUCAAAUUUAUUUUAUUGAUAGCUGCAUCCUUGAGCACUUGCUGAGUUUGGCCAGUCUUUAUGGCAGAUUAAAUCUAGCUCUAAUUUCCAUACAUUUCCUGAACAUGGUGCAUUUGGUAAAUUUAUUGAUGUGAAACCCCUUGUCUGUGUUUGCUUAACUACUAGGAACAUACGGUUCUGUAUUUGGCCUUGCAAAUGCCUUUUAUUCUCAUAACUGCUCUACAGGUAAAAAGAGGAGUCUCUCGAUAGAUAAAAAUGCCUGGGUAAGCUUGAAUAAGAUAAGUGCUGUCCUGGCAGAGAUUGAUCCACUCUGACCCAAUCCAGGAGCUGAUAAUGCUGGAUCUCACUCUGAAUUGUGCUUUCACUCCACGUUUUACCCAAGAGUCAUGUGCAAUAGUGUCACUUGUGGGAGCCUUCACCUGUGAUGCUUGAGGGGUGGGGGUGGGGAACUGAACAGUCCCCAAGUUUGCAUGCAUCUCUGAGCCAAGCAGGGACCAGGCUUGGCCUGCACAUUUUCAUGAAAUAAACUUGUGGAAGAUUGUAUAAUCGGUGUGUUUUGUUUUCUUUAAAGGGAGUCAAAAACAUAUGACAGAUAAGGUCCUAUUAGGGCACCUGGAUCCUGGCAACUGCUGAUACAGAGUGCUGAUUGCUGGGUUUAAACUCUACAUCACAGAAGAAGGGAUUAGAAAGCAAAAGCAUUUGAGUGUCUUAUAAAAUGGAUUUUAAAUGUUGCUGCAGAGGGUGGAAUAGAAGUCAGACAGAAUGUCCACGGCAGUGUUUCUCAACUUUGGCAAUUUUAAGACGGGUGGACUUCGACGCCCAGAAUUUCCCAGCCAGUCUACGGGGAAUCUGAAUCAAUUUGAUUGACAUGGAUGGGCAAGGGAUGAAUACAUGGGGUCAUACAUCAUGCAAGACCUAAGUCUUUUCAACAUUCAGCAGUUAGUUCAAAUUGGUGUGCAAA